CCCGGCCGGGGCUUUGGAAGCCUGAGGAGCCGGAAGAAUGCAUGGCCGGCGGCGAGGCCGCGGAAUAAGGUGGCGGCGGGGCCCUAGCCCGGCUCCGGCUGUGGCACGGCUCGCGCCUGGUCCCCAGCGGCGCCGACACUCGGUCCCCAAGGGCCCGGCCGCGUUCGCCCAGGCUGGCGGGGAGGGGCGGCGGGAGGAAGCGGCGGGAGUCGGGACUGCGGCGGAGCCGCCCCCACAGCGCCCUCUAAGGAAAGCGCGGUCGCUGCCGCCUGGCCCGCGCGCCCCGCCUGGCCCUGGCCUCAGACCCGUUCGCCUGCGAGUCGGGACCCUCGGCGCUAACUGGACGCUCGGCCAGGACCUCGCUCAUAAAAGCUCCCAGUUCAGCCAGAGCCCCAGGGCCUCCUCUCUACUGAGAGCAGCAGACGUCAGGAUGACCAGCUGCAGAGCAGAGCUACCCAUACCAGGGCCUCCUCUCUGCUGGGAGUUACUGAUGUUGGGACAACCAGCUGCAGAAAGGAGCUACCCUACCCACUCCAGGGCCUUCUCUCUGCUGAGAGCAGUAGACAUCAGGAUGACAAGCUGCAGAGAGAAGCUAACCACUCUCUUGUCUGAGAGCUGCAGACAUCAGGACAACCAGCUGCAGAGAGGAGCUACCUACUCUAGGGCCUUCUCUCUGCUGAGAGCUGAACAUUCAACAUGAUGACCUGCCUGCAGAGAGGAGCUACCCACUCCAGGGCCUCCUCUGAGCUGUCACUCAAUAAAGCUUCUCUUCUCCGUACUCACCCUCCAUUUGUCCACAUAUCUCAUUUCUCUUGGAUGUAGGACAAGAACUUGGAACCUGCUAAAUGGCAGGGCUGAAAGAACUAUAACACAAACAGGGCUGAAACAUGCCCCUUGCUUGCCAUGUUACAGGUGAAGAGAAGGAGAGAAGAGCUGUAGUCCUUUGGGGAGCCCAGACUUGGGAGCUCCCUGUGCCGGGGCUGUAACUCCUUCUUUGGUGCCCUGUGGUUCCUGCAGUCUCCAAGCUUCCAGGUGCCACUGUGUUCCCCAGUGGCAGUUGUGGAAGCUGUUUGCAAUGCACCUGGUUCAGCCACAGCCUUGUAGAGAGCUGGUGUCCAUGCUGGCACCUGGAGCUGCCCACCCCACUGCAGCAGCCACUGGGCCGGACUGUGCACAGUGUCCAGACCCGACACACACUUGCCCACACACCCCUCACUACUGCAUGCCUGGCUUGCCCUUGGCAAAUGUGGGAUCCAGGCCAGUAGUAUGAACUGAGUGCAGCCUGCCAGGCUGAGUGGAUGGAACAAGCCCAGCAGACCUGAGCAAAACUUGAGCAAAAGCACCAACAGCCACAGAGGUUUCUGGCAAAAAAAAAAAAAAAAAGCAACACCCCAAGGAUCCUGUAACAAAUGUAUUUCUAUUUUUGUAUAUUUCAAAAAUGUAUCUGUCACAGCACAGCUCCUUGAUCCCUCAGAUGCUAUAAACAGCCUUCUCCUCUAGUUUCUUAAAGUACUUUGUGUAUCUCACAUCACUUUUUCAUUAUGAGUAAAUUACAGCCCUGUCUUCCCCUCUAAGUUGUAAACUUCUUGCAAAUUGAAACUGUAAUGGAUAUUUAUUGGAAGAUGACACAGCAUGCUUUCUGCCACUCUCUGGUAGUAUCCCAAAUUUCACUCAGUAUUCACUCUUUGGCCUAUUGGUUUUAGAGGGAAGAUGUUUCCAGCCCCUAGCUCCAGAGAUGAGGUAAUCAAUCCCAUGCUGUUUGCCAAGCCAAUUGGUAUGUGUUUGGGUUUCUAAACCAUACAAUACAUGGCAUUUCUCUGGAUACAGGAAUUAAUUUUGGAAGGAUCAUGUGAUCCAGUGUGAACCAAUGAAGAACAAGGCAAUCUUUGCUAGGUGUUUCUGGAAAAGGUGUUUCUGGGAAAGUUCUAACCUCCAUAUAAACUUUUCCUCUCUUUCAUAAAUCUUGGGGUUUAAAAGAACCAAUGGUGGCACAAUGAGGGAAGCCAGUCUGAAGAUGAGAUCAGUACAUGGGAGAUAACCCAAAAGCUACUGUAUGACUCUAAUCCUGAAGCCUGUCCUACCCCUGAACUUCCUUUUACGUGAGCCAAAAGAAUUGCUAUCAAGUUGGAGCCAAGUUCUUUCUAGCUUGCAACAUGAAGAGUUUUAAUGGAUAUAGGAAGCUUAUCUUCAACUUUGUAUCCACCACAGUAUCUGUCACAUGGCAGGCAUUUGAUAAAUGCUUAUAGGGUUGCAUGAGCCAGUGAUUCUGAUAUAGUUUUUUUCUGGUUCUCUGGAUCUUCCCUGCAGAGUUUUCCUGUUAGCAGUCUGCCCUAUGGAAGUUCCCAGAAGUUCCCCUCCUCAUUUGAGCUUGUGGCAUCUGGUAAGAGGAUGUUCUUAUUUUAAAAAACUGAAACAGAGCUUCCUGAAAUGACAGGAAUGUUGUCUAUCCAAUCCAGCUCUCGGAAAUUCCUGAUGGACCCUGGCAAAUCUUAACUCACUGGCUCUGCUCCCUCUAGACUUUGAACUGCCACCUGUUAGAUUGCAAUUGUAGUUAUCAUUUCAACAGACUCUCAUGAAGUUUUCAACUUAUAACUUCCUGGUGAUAACUUUGGAAUCACCCUAAUUUGAUCAAUAAGCUGUGUACUAAUCACAUUUUAGAUGGGUUAUUGUUAUUAGGUAUUCAAUUACCAAAUACUUUUGUUUUGAAGUUCCAUACUACGAAAUUACAUAACUUCUAAAAAGUCUCCUGCUAAUUAUUUUCUUUAUCUCUGGAUGUGGAUUAAGAGGUUUAUUGUCAGUAAAUAAUAUUUCUUUUUCUUUCUUCUUUCAAUUUUCAAGUAUAUAAUACAUUGUUAUUAAUUGUAGUCCCAUGGUAUACAGUAGAUCUCUUAGACUUAUUCCUCCUGUCUAACUGAAAUCUGUGUCCUUUGGCCAACAUUUCCCCAAUCCCCCUACCCCUGGCCUCUAGUAACCACCAUUUAACUCUGUUUCCAUGAGUCUGACUUUUCCACACUUCAUGUAUAAGUGAAAUCAUGUGGUAUUUAUCUUUCUGUGCCUGGUUUAUUUCACUUAACAUAAUU